CAGAGUCGCACUCGGUGGUCGCCGAGUCAACUCGCCUUCUCUUCCCCACUCUUCUCUCCUGCUUGCCGGCCCGCCAUUAGCGGAUUGAAAGAGGAAGGAGUCUCCCCUUGCAUUCCUCCAAGAGAGGAAGAGGAGGAGGCGAUCGUAAGCAGAAAGGUAGCUCCUUUUAGGUUGUCGAGGAAACUUUCCUUCCCGAGCCGAGCGGCGUCCCAAUGUCGCAAAACACUCAUGUUCCUAAAUUUGGGAAUUGGGAUGGAAGUAUUCCUUAUACGCAAUAUUUUGAGGAUGCUCGCAAGGGUAGAAGUGGGAAAAUAAUCAAUCCAAAUGAUCCCUUUGACAACCCUGAAGCAUUUUCUGCCAAUAUGUCACCAGCACAAUCGCCUGCACCUGCAAGUUACUCAGAGGCCACAAAGCUUAAGGAUGCCGCAAACAUAAGGAGAGAAGGCAAUCACCGUAGGACCCCUAGUAGAGGGAGUGAUUCGUCUAACUACAGGGUUAACCGCUCACCGGUUCGUCCUAGCUAUAAGAUGAACAAUCGUGAAUUAUCAUUUUCAGAGGGUUGGUCAAGCAGUAGCAAUCCUUUCACUUCAAAAUCUGCAGGAAGAUUGAGGAUGACUAGCAUUGAAGAUGAUGCAAAGAUCAAGAAAGGCUCAGCUGUUCCCAAGUUUGGCGAUUGGGAUGAGAAAAAUCCUUCUUCAGCUGACGGUUUUACUGAUAUAUUUAACAAUGUGAGGAAAGAAAGACAAGCUCAAUCUACUACAGUUGGCAAGUCGUCUAGUGAUAAAACAUUUGUCGAUUAUCAUGGAAACACACCUAAAUCCUCGAAGGGUUAUUGGUGCUUCGGCUGGUGCAAGAAGUGACUAUGGCAUCUUUAAAAUUGCACGAACCCGAUCUUGCAGAUAUCACGGAAGCUGUUACUCCUUUUUGAAACUAUUGAAGUUUUGUACCGUUGUUUGUAUCGACACUCAUACAUCUCAGUUUUCGAUGAUUUGUGUCUUGGUUGGUGAUUAGGAGAGUAAUGGGUGGGUGCCACAUGGAUAAAAGAAGGUGGUGACCUUGUUGAUAUGGUAGUUUCAGCAAA